AUGCAGAUCUUUGUGAAGACGCUAACAGGAAAGACUAUAACGUUGGAAGUUGGAGCAAGUGAUACCAUUGAUAGUGUCAAGGCCAAGAUUCAAGACAAGGAAGGGAUUCCACCAGACCAGCAAAGGCUUAUUUUUGCAGGAAAGCAGCUUGAAGAUGGAAGGACUCUAUCUGAUUACAAUAUACAGAAGGAGUCCACACUCCAUCUUGUGCUGAGGCUUCGUGGAGGAGGAGCAAAGAAGAAGAAGAAGGACUUUUCAACGCCUAAGAAGGUCAAGAAGCCUCAUGUGAAAAGGGGCCUUUCGUGGCUGGACAACUUCACGAUUACCGAGGACAAGGUUAAAGUCAACAAUGUCUCGUGCGAGGCAUGCGGGGUGGAAGUUUUCUGCAGGAAGAUAUCAUCUGGGUUCAAGUGUGGAAAAUGUUACACGGUUUAUGGCAAGGACAUUGCUAGCAAUUAA